AGGAAGAAAGAAAGAAGAGAAAAAGAAGACGGGAGUGAACUCAGUUGUAGCAGAUUCCAUUCUGAACUUUAACUUAAGUGCAGCAAUGAAAUCAGAAGUCACUGUCCAAUUCCUAAUUAUAACUAAACCAAACAAAAUUCCAAGGACGAUAUUCUCAACGCUGCAUUGAAUCGAUUCCAAUUUAUCCAAACUCAUCACAAAUUCUCUCAAUUCCCAACUCUCUCUCACGCCAUGGAUCCAAACCCUCGAACCUUUCCCAUCCUCUCCUAUGUCAUCUCGCGCCUCCCUUCUCUCACUCCCAGACCACCCGCCGCCGACGCCAACUCCCACUCCGACCACUUCGACCUCGAGCAGCCGCGGGCCCCGGAGAUCGUCGGCCAAAUGCCGCACCUCGCCGACCCGGACCUCAUGGCCUCCAUGGGCCGGGCCGUAUCUCAGGUGGUCCAGGCCCGAACGGUCCUGAACCUCAUCGGGGAGCGGCCCACGCACGAGGAAGUCGACAGCGCCAGGGCCAGGCUGGCGGAGAUCGAGGCCCAGCUGUCCCACGAACUGGAGGAGAUCGUGCUCCAGGCCCGGCCCCCGGAGAUGGAGAUUCACGGGUGGCGGGCCCACCAGGCCGAGAAGGAGAGGGAGUGCCGGGAGCGGGCGGAGACGGAGAAGCGAAUCUGGAAAUCGGUGCUGCAGUUGGACGAGAUGCACGAGGCGUACGAGAAGCUUCUGAAGGACGCGGAGAAGCGGUUGGUGAAAAUGUACGAGUCGAAGGAAGAUGGUGAUGGCGAUGUUGUUGGCGACGAAGUGAAUGAAGAGGUUGUGGGAAUUCUUCAAGAGGCCUAUGGCAAGGGAAUGGAACGCGUCAAUCUUUCUGGACGCCAAUUGAAACUCUUGCCUGAGGCAUUUGGUCGAAUUCCUGGCUUGCUCGUCUUUGAUCUUUCUGCCAAUCAACUCUCGGCUAUUCCUGAUUCAAUAGCUGGAUUGCAAAACCUUGAGGAGCUUAAUCUUUCUUCAAAUCUUUUGGAGUCUCUGCCGGAUUCAAUUGGGUUAUUACAAAAGUUGAAAUUGCUCAAUGUCUCUGGAAACAAGCUGUCUGCGCUUCCUGAUACCAUCUGUCACUGCAGGUCAUUGGUUGAGUUGGAUGUAAGCUUUAACAAUCUAUCAUAUUUGCCAACAAACAUCGGAUAUGAAUUACCGAACUUGCAGAAACUCCUGAUUCAGUUGAACAAGAUUCGAUCUCUUCCCUCAUCGAUCUGUGAGUUGAAGUCCUUGCGCUAUUUAGAUGCUCAUUUUAAUGAGCUGCAUGGGCUUCCCAUUGCAAUCGGGAGACUGACUAAUCUUGAGGUUCUCAACCUGAGCAGUAACUUUAGUGACCUCAAAGAACUACCAGAGACAUUUGGUGAUUUGACUAACCUCAGGGAAUUGGAUCUCAGCAAUAAUCAGAUCCAUGCACUUCCUGAUACAUUUGGGCGGCUUGAUAAUUUGACCAAGCUAAACUUGGAGCAGAAUCCUCUUGAAUUGCCACCAAUGGAGAUUGUAAAUCAAGGUGUUGAAGCCGUAAAGAGCUUUAUGGCGAAGAGGUGGCUUGAUAUAUUGUUGGAGGAGGAGAGGAAAAACAGCCAAGAAAUGCAAGAACAAGAACAGGGUGGUUGGUUAACACGAAGCACCUCUUGGUUGAAGAAUGUUUCUGGAAACGUAAUUGGGUAUAUUGGAACUGCCGGUGGAACUCCCAGAGAUGCAUAUCUUGAUCAGCAGCUAUGAGGCGAAGAUCCAACACAUUGUAACUUUCUUACUUGUAUUCUGGAGAAAUAAUGUAACAUACUAUGUGCUGCUAAGCAACACUUCCUUUUUUUCUCUGCCCCACCAAAAAUAGCGUGGGUUGCUUUGCUUACAGGUAUUUUUGUUUUGCUGGAUGACAAAUGCCAGUGGUUAAUUUUCUUUCCCAAACAUUUUUAUAUAAUUGAUAGGAACAAAUGAAAUGGUUUAGAACUUCGUCUUCUUAGAAGGUAAA